ACCAUUUUUCUCUGCGCACACGCCAUGGCGGCUUCUUUUGCAUGUUUGCUGAAAACAUUUGGCAGAAAAGCAGUCUGGAAAGGUUUAACAAACUCCCGAUAUGCUGGCAGACCCAUUUUUGGAAUCAACAGAUGGCGAUCUACACAAGCAGCAAGUCAGGUGGUUUUAAAUGUUCCAGAAACCAAACUGACAUCAUUGGAAAAUGGACUGCGGGUGGCCUCUGAAGAUUCAGGUCUCACAACCUGCACGGUUGGGCUUUGGAUAGAUGCUGGGAGUCGGUAUGAAAAUGAGAAGAACAAUGGAACAGCUCAUUUUUUGGAGCACAUGGCUUUCAAGGGCACAAAGAAACGUUCACAACUGGACCUUGAGCUUGAAAUUGAGAAUAUGGGUUCUCAUUUAAAUGCCUAUACAUCCAGAGAACAAACUGUUUAUUAUGCUAAGGCAUUCUCCAAAGACCUACCUAGAGCUGUGGAAAUACUGGCAGAUAUUAUCCAGAACAGUACCCUGGGAGAAGCUGAGAUUGAACGUGAGCGAGGGGUUAUACUUCGAGAGAUGCAGGAAGUUGAGACAAACCUGCAGGAAGUUGUUUUUGAUUAUCUUCAUGCAACAGCCUAUCAGAGCACUGCUCUGGGUCGUACAAUACUUGGGCCAACUGAAAAUAUUAAAUCUAUAAAUCGGAAUGAUCUUGUGGAAUACAUCACAACACACUACAAAGGGCCUCGGAUUGUAUUGGCUGCUGCUGGUGGUGUAUCUCACAGUGAGCUGAUUGAUCUUGCCAAGUAUCACUUUGGUAAUUUACCUUCAACAUAUAAAGGUGAUGCUCCAGCCCUUCCUCCAUGCAGAUUCACAGGAAGUGAGAUUCGCGUCAGAGAUGACAAGAUGCCUUUGGCUCACAUUGCCAUAUCCAUAGAAGCCGUUGGCUGGUCUCACCCUGACACAAUUCCUCUAAUGGUAGCUAAUACACUCAUUGGAAACUGGGACCGAUCGUUUGGAGGUGGUGUGAAUUUGUCCAGCAAACUGGCCCAGAUGGCCUGUCAAGGAAACUUGUGCCAUAGUUUCCAGUCCUUUAACACUUGUUACACCGACACUGGACUCUGGGGUCUAUAUAUGGUCUGUGAGCCAAAUACCAUUGAGGAUAUGAUGCACUUUACUCAGAGAGAAUGGAUGCGCCUUUGCACAAGUGUUACUGAAAGUGAAGUUGUAAGGGCCAAGAACCUUUUAAAAACAAAUAUGCUAUUACAACUUGAUGGAUCCACUCCUAUCUGUGAAGAUAUAGGCCGACAGAUGUUGUGUUAUGGUCGCAGAAUUCCACUUCCCGAACUUGAAGCUAGAAUUGAGGCAAUAAACUCUAAAACCAUUAGAGAAGUGUGUUCUAAAUACAUUUAUGAUAAAUGCCCAGCAAUAGCAGCCGUUGGUCCUAUAGAACAGCUUCCGGACUACAACAGAAUUCGAAGUGGGAUGUAUUGGCUACGAACCUAAAAUAAAACUAAUAUUUAUUAUAGCAUUAUGCAGAUUACAUCCAUCUUAACCACUGCUUAGAGUCAAAAAACAUUCAAAUACUUCAGUUCAGUUUGUAUUUUUAUUAUAAAAUAAAGACAAACACACAACAAUAAAAGGUCACUGGUUGUUUA